AUGUCGCAGCUUAAUGCCAUACCUACCGUGGGGUCUUCAGGCCUCUUUUCAUCCUAUCUUAGUGCUCGCAGAUACAAGAUGCAUGCUCGAGAAAUCAUUCAGGAGGGAUACACCAAAUUUCCCGGACAAGCAUUCAAGGUACCACUUCCUGACCGGUGGGAGGUCAUUGUUUCGGGCAAGCAGAUGAUGGAAGACAUCAAGAAAGCCAGCGAUCUUGAUCUUUCCUUCAUAGAGGCUGUCGGAGAAACCAUGCAAUCGGAUUACACGCUGGGACUGCCUGCUCGAGUAGACACCUACCAAGUGGAGGUUGUGCGCACACCCCUCACACGAAAUUUGGCCGCCCGAUUCGACGACUUGCGGGACGAGAUCAGGGCUGCGUUUGCAGAUGAAAUUCCUGCCAAAGACACGGAAUGGAUGAAAGUGCCAAUGCUUUACACUGUGAUGAAGAUUGUCUCUCGUACCAGCAACCGAUACUUUGUUGGUUUGCCUUUGUGCCGAGAUCCAGACUACAUCAAUCUCAAUAUCGAAUACACCAUUGAUGCUUUCAACGGUGCCAAAACAUUGCAACGUUUUCCGACUGUCCUCAAACCUAUCGUUCGUCAAUUCCUGACAGAUGUCCCCACCUGUCUCAAACGUGCCACAAAACACAUUGAGCCGUUGAUUAAGGAACGACUCCAGAAGGAGGUCGAUUUUGGAUCUUCGGAUUGGCCUGAUAAGCCAAACGACCUGAUCUCUUGGCUUUUAGAUGAAGCAAAGGGCGAACGUCGUAAGGAUAUAAUCUACAACAUUGUUUCCCGCGUUCUUCUUGUCAAUUUCGCUGCUAUACAUACUACGGUUCAGUAUGGUAAGUUUAUCUCGCGUAUCUUUUAUACACGAAUAAUCAGUUUGAUUUCACUCCAGACGUUUACGAAUGCCCUGUUCUAUCUCGCUGCCAAUCCUCACCUAGCCCAACCUCUGCGUGAAGAGAUUGAAUCUACUGUCGCGGAGUUCGGAUGGACGAAGGCUGCGAUGGGCAAGAUGUGGAAGUUGGAUAGUUUUCUAAAGGAAACAACAAGACUGAGUGGUUUGGGCGGACUUACCAUGAGCCGAAUGGUCCUCAGAGAUUUCACUUUUUCUAACGGAACUGUCGUUCCUGCCGGUACAAUUGUCAGUGUCGCUUCAUAUGGGAUGCACCACGAUGAUGCUCUUUAUGAGGACCCGGAAACACUCAAACCAUUCCGAUUCUCUAACAAACGGGAGAUGGAGGGUGAAGGUAUCAAGCAUCAAAUGGUAGGAAUAGACCCGUCGUUUGGAUUAUUUGGCGGGGGACGACACAUGUGCCCUGGCCGAUUUUUUGCAGUCAACGAGAUCAAGGCACUUGUUGGGCACAUUCUAGUCACGUAUGAUAUCAAGUUCGAAGGUGAUGGAGGAUAUCCUGAGCCGGAUUGGAAUGGAGCAAGUCUCAGUCCGAACGGGUUCGCGCAAGUGAUGUUCCGAAAGAGAAGUGCGACACCGGCUUCAACCACAUAG